GCUGUUUCGGCAACUUCGACCAACGGACGGAGGUGUUUCGAAGUCGGUGGAACAAAACCCUAAAUUUAACAUUUUCUGCUACUUCAGUCUGCGCCGCGAACUCGGCUUAUUUGCACGUUCCACGUCCAGUUGUUCUGUGUUCAGUCGUUUGGUCUAGUUGGUUAGUUGCAGCAGCAACAGCAGCAGCGUAAAUAAACUCAGCCAGCAGCAAAGCCCCUGCAGUGCAGUGCAGUGCAGUGAACGAGAACGGGAUUUCCCAAAAGCGAAAAGUUUCCGUUUUUUGAUUAAUCCACAAUGGCAUUCAAAUUAAAUAAUUGCUCCGGCUCAAUUAACAUCCGGUUGACGUGUUUGACGGUCCUUGUCAUCGCUGUCCUCUCGGCCGCUCUGGUGCCCCCGGCGCAGGCCGCAAUCAACGAUAAUGAAGCGCAAACGGAUGCCAAGAUUGUUAACCAAGGAAGUGGUUCAGCCGAGCAGCUGCCAAACGGACCCCGCUCCAGCAUCUUGGACAACAUCUUCAACAUCCCAAUCCAAACGCUGAAGGCCGUCAACAAUCUGGUGCAGAGUAUUGCCGGAAAUCUACAGGCCGCCGGUUCCGGCACCUACUUCAGCCAGAGAAACGAGCGCCAGAAAAACAAUCACGACGAUGAUGGUGCGAAAAAUGACAGAAAAAACUAAUAGCUCUUGACCUGUGUGUGUUCUUGACCCAGAGGAGCAAUGAUGCUUUGCAAUUGUUGCUACUGUAUGCUUUUUUUGGGGUCAAGUUUUUCUUUAGAUAUGUUAAGGCUACCUGUGAUUUUCAAAUACUGUAUUAGACGCUGUCAAUAAAGAUUCGUUUUUAAAUGAG